ACUGCAUUCAAAUAUUAGUAUAUACUAAUAUUAAUAGACUAGACAAAACAUAACAAUGUAGCACUAUCCCCUUGUUUGCAAAUUAUGUUCACUUCACUUCAACCUGCAGUCCGCAUUACCAACCACUUAACAUGCCUAUUUGUUGUGUGAACGUCUCAGCUAUGAAAUCGCUAAUAAGUCCCUCUGGAAAAGAGCAUCUGCUAAAAUGACUAAAAUAUAAAACGGUCUUUAUUAGUGACAGUUAAGUAAACCUUAAGUGGUCUGCGGUAUUGAUUGUGUAUAUUUUAGAAACUGGAUGUAGCCUACAUAUUAUUUUAAUAGGAAAAAAAUUCACUCACUGUUAUCAAAUACUUUGAUUGAUAACUAGAUACAACACAGAACAUAGAGUACAUAGUGUUGCUAGAUUCGUCAAUCCAAUCCACCACGCCACGUUCCUACGGUUUUUUUUAAUACGGAACUAGCUCCUCCAACUCAGCAACUUGUUUUGCAAUCUCAACUUCCUCGGUGACAGUGUAAUAGUGGACAUGUGUACAGUAUAGGUGGCUGCCCGCAAAGUAGCCUAUUCAUCAAAUGAAUCAAAAGCUAUCAACAUGGAAGAAAUAGGUCCCGUUACCCGCAAAAGAAGAGCCACAUCGCAUGAAAUUGGUGUUACUUUGAAACUAGUGAAUGGGCGGUCAACGGUCGUUGAAAGUGCCAUCGGACACGGUGACAGCAGAACAUUUGUAACAAAACAAAAUGUGACCGGUUUGGCUUCUACAGCUUCAAAGGAAAAGAAGAAACGAAGAAAUGUGCCCAGUGAUCAACUAAGUUGCCACAGGUUACAAGAGUCCCUGCUGAGUUCUUCCAGUGGCUACAGUAACUACAGGGGAGUCCUCAACUGGUGUGUUGUGAUGCUGGUCUUGAGCAAUGCCCGACUGUUCUUGGAAAACCUUUUGAAGUACGGCAUUCUUGUGGACCCGAUUCAAGUGGUUGCGCUGUUCGUCAAGGACCCAUACAACAUGCCUGCGGUGUGCCUGGUCAUUGUGUCUAAUGUGUUUGUCUUGGUAGCUUUCUACACAGAGAGAAGGCUCUCAGUGGGUUGCUUCAGUGAACAUUUUGGGCUGCUGGUUCAUUCCAUCAACCUGUCAGUCAUUCUGUGCUUCCCAGUGGCUGUCGUUCUAAUGGUGAAGUCAGUGACUCCAGUUGGUGGAGCAGUUGCUCUGGGAGUCUACACCAUUUUGUUCUUGAAGCUCUACUCCUACAAAGAUGUGAACAAGUGGUGUAGAGAGAUGUGCUAUGCUAAAGCCCGUAGCUUGUCCAGGUCCAUCUCAUGUCCCUCAGUGUCAUGGUCCGAGGGAAGGGGAGUAGGCUCUCAAGUGACCUACCCUGGAAAUCUCACCUGUAGAGAUUUAUAUUAUUUUGUUUUCGCACCGACCCUCUGCUAUGAGCUGAACUUCCCCCGAUCGCCGAAGAUUCGGAAGAGCUUCCUGCUGAGGAGGCUUUGCGAGAUGCUAUUCUUCACCCAGUUAUUGGUUGGACUAACCCAGCAGUGGAUGGUGCCCAUUAUUCAGAGUUCUAUGAAGCCGUUGGAGGAUAUGGACUUGUCCAGGAUGGUGGAGCAUCUACUCAGGCUAGCAGUGCCCAACCAUUUACUCUGGUUGAUCUUCUUCUAUACAUUCUUCCACUCAGCCAUGAACUUUGUGGCUGAGCUCCUGCAGUUUGGGGACAGGGAGUUUUACAGAGACUGGUGGAAUUCUGAAACUGUCCCAUACUUCUGGCAGAACUGGAAUAUACCUGUACACAAAUGGUGCCUUCGCCACUUCUACAAGCCCAUGCUGAAGAGAGGGGUCAGUAAAUGGGCUGGCCAGUCUGCGGUGUUCCUGGCAUCAGCCUUCUUCCAUGAGUACCUGGUCAGUGUCCCACUGAAGAUGCUGAGGCCGUGGGCUUUUCUGGGCAUGAUGGCUCAGCUUCCGCUGGCCUGGUUUGUGGCGUGUUUUCUCCGGGGUAACUAUGGCAACGCCGCCGUAUGGAUCUCCCUCAUCAUUGGCCAGCCAUUCGCUGUGCUCAUGUACGUCCACGACUACUACGUACUUCAACACAGAGAGGAGUCGGCGGGCGUCGGACCUGAUUGACCCACUCAGGGGAAUGUGUAGGAAUUGUCGUUGCGGACCAGUCUUUUAUAGGACUUUUAUAGACCUGUAGAAAACCAAUGUAAAACUGUACUUGUAUUGGUGAGUUUUAAAUGAGCAAUUUUAUGUGAAUACACAUUAAAAAUAAAAAAAUUUG